UAUUUGAAGUAUUUGGCAAUAAGUGCUUUGAGUGGAUAGUGCGUUCCUAAGGAUAAAACAUGCUAACGUGGACACUGUGGUGCGGAUUGCUAUUCGUCCUGUGGAUUUAUUUUCUGUGGAGUAGGCGUCGAUUUUACUUACUUACCCUUAAGAUUCCCGGACCAAUCGGAUACCCAUUUUUGGGAAUGGCGCACAAAUUGAUGCGCAGGGAAGAUAUACUGAAUGAAUUUGGGAUAUAUAUGGCAAAGCAUGGCCCAACAAUUUUCUCGUGGCUGGGACCAAUUCCGUUCAUGAUCGUUAGUGAGCCGCAAGUGGUGCAGGACAUCCUGACCUCGCCUCACUGCGUGAACAAGGGCAUCAUUUACAAGGCCGUGGACGAUGGAGCUGGCGUGGGACUAUUCAGUUUAAAGGAUCCCCGCUGGAGUGUUCAUCGCAAGCUGCUGAAUCCGGCAUUCGGCCACAAGGUGUUGCUCAGUUUUCUGCCCAUUUUCAACAAAGAGACGGCGCAGCUACUCAGCCAGCUGGACGCAUUGCCAGGCGGCGGUGAGAAGGAUUUGAUUCCGCUACUGCAGAGCUUGACCUUGGGCAUUGCAACUCAAACCACAAUGGGGUGCGAUGUGAAAAGUGAGGAGAACUUCAAGAGCAACUCCCUUAUGGAGCGCUAUCAAUGUUGUCUAGAAACCAUGACAGAUAUGUGCUUCUCGCCAUGGCUGAACAGUCGUUGGGCUCGCCAACUGUCGGGAAAGGAGGCCAACUAUUAUCGAGCCAAGACGGAGAUCCGGGCGUUUAUAAGGAAGCUAAUUCAAAAAAGAUUGUCUGAGGACACGGAGGACUCCAUCAAGUCAAAGGAUAAGAACAUUUUCCUCAACCUGGCAACAGACCUACUAAGGCGCGGUGUGUUCGACUGGAAAAAUGUUGAGGACGAGUCCAAUGUAAUUGUGUUUGGCGCUUUUGAGACGACCGCCAAUACUGUAUAUUAUGUCCUUAUGCUGCUGGCCAUGUUUCCACAGUACCAGGAGAGGGCGUUUGAGGAAAUCAAAAGUCUCUUUCCCAAUAGCGGUGACUUUGAGGUCACUUAUGAAGACACCCAGCAAAUGGUGUACCUGGAUCUGGUUCUAAAUGAGUCAAUGCGAGUUAUACCGCCCGUUCCAGUUGUAUCGCGGCAAACGUCGCAGGAUUUAACACUGACGAAUGGCAUUGUGGUUCCCAAAGGAGUGCAGAUCGCCAUCAACAUGUUCCACAUGCACCGAAGCAAGAAGAUAUGGGGACCCGAGGCUGAAUCCUUCAAUCCCGACAAUUUCUUGCCUCACAAUACUCGGGACAAGCACCCAUACGCCUUUAUACCCUUCACAAAGGGUAUUCGGAAUUGCAUUGGCUGGAGAUAUGCUCUGAUAUCAGCCAAAGUCACAUUGGCCAAACUGUUGAGAAACUAUAGGUUUAAGACCAGCUUUAAGUUUGAAGAUCUUUAUUAUGUUGAAGAUAUAACCAUGAAACUUAAAGCAGUUCCAAAAUUGGAAAUCCAAAAAAGAAUGUGAACAGUCUGCCAAUAUUGGAAUAUGUAAGGUUAAAGCAAUGUGAAAUUAAUAUAAGCUAAUAAAAAAGGCGGCAUGCCCCAAAAGCUAAAGUCAA